AUGAGUGAUAGCAAUAUCAGGACGAAGGAACACAAGAAGCUCGAGAAAUACCAAGGACUGGGAGAAGGGAUAGAGAGGAUGUGGAAGGUGAAGAAGAGCGCAAUCCCGGGAACGGCUAUGAUAGGACCCUCAAGCUCCCAGGCCUCUGGUAGAGGACCUGAGCUAGUAAGAGGACAAAGCCCAUCCACAGGAUGCCACAUCACACCACACACUUGCACUUUCCCUUUCUCUCGCUCCCAUCUGCCUGCUCUCUCACUCGCUCCACCAGCUUGUCGCUGGCUGUCAGUUCAUUUGCCACGGCAGAGCAACAACUGGCUUCUUUCAGUGCUGGAAGAAGAGCAGGGACGGGGAGAGCGGCGGGAAGAGUGGAAGGAAGAAGAAGAAGAAGAAGUAGAGGAGGGUAAGGAAAGGAAAUCUUUUGUUAAGCAUCCCUCCCCUCAUCCCUCUCCGGCAGUAGCAGCUGCAGCAUCGGCACCGCUGCCUCCUUCAGUAGCAACACAUCGGCCGCUGCUCCCGCUGCUGGAUGCUCCGUCUCCUGCCAGGAUCUGCCUCCACCUUCUCCUCAGGGAGCUCUUCCUGGAACUGGGAGGGGGAGGGAGAUCACCACCUCCCAGUUUGCCACGGACCCUCAGCAAGGCGAGGAAGGGAAGGAGGAUUUUAGAAGAGGUGCAUGAGGAGAGCAGAGGAGAGGCAACACCCUGGGUUACAGGAGUGCAGGGAGGAGAACAGGGGGAGGAAACAGGGCCCCCAUCAGCCUCCAACUCCUCCUUCCCAGAUCUCGCUGCGCUCGGACAGGGCCGAGCUGAAGGAGCAGCAGCGACGGGGGGGAACCAUCGCCGCUGCAUCGGGCCUUCCGGGGGAUGCGGGUGGUGCUGCCAGGCUGUAGUCCAGAGGAGCCAUUGAUGGAGCCUUGCCUCACACUGCAGCGAGGCGUCUUCAAUCAAUGCACUGCCCCAC